AACAUCGGGCAGAUGUCGGCCGACAAUGGCGAGCAGGUCUCCCGGUUCAAGAUCGAGUGCCAGGUGGGGGGCCGCGGCAAGGUCAUGUACAAGGGACCCUUCGGCGAGUGCUCGGAGCGGUACGAAAACCACUUGAAGGUCUCCACGGCCGAAAGCCACAGGAAGCACAGCGAGCAGGAGGCCAGAGACGCGUCUCUCCUCGACGCGGUGCCCGAGGAGCUGACGCCAGAGGAGGUCGAAGAGUGGCAGCAGUGGGAGGCCCAGAAGCGCGAGGACGCCGAGAGGGAGGCGGCGGCGCAGCGGGGGCCGCGGGCGCGGCACCCGCGGCGGCCGCGGGCGCGGCGGCCCGCCGCGCAGCCCGCCGCGCAGCCGCAGCCGCGCCCGCCGCGGCGGGCGCCGCACUUCGCCGCGCGCGAUACGGCGGGCUCGAGCCCUCAUUUGCAGACGCAGCUCGAGCAGACCGUGCGAGCGAUGUCGGAGACGGCGCAGGCGAUCCGCGCCGCCGCGGACGCGGCGCCCCCUGCUGCGAGCGGGGGCGGCCGGGGAAUCCAGCGCCUUCGGCCGUCGAUGGCGGCGGGCGGGCCAAGCGCCGCGGAACUCGCCGCGGCCCCGAUGGGCUUGCCUGGCAUGGCGACGAGCGCAGCUGGAGCUGGGCUCUCGGCGGCCAGCGCCAAGCGCAUCCUGGGCUGCAUCAGGCGCGCGGAGCGCUGCGCCAUUGCGGCGGCGGACGUCUGCACCAAGGCGGCCGACGCGUUCAAGAACGAGGCCCGCUCGCUGUUGUCCUCGAGGAGCGACGUG